CACAGCUGAUUUGGGCUGGUCCCUCCAAUCAGCUGUCCUGCUGACUCUGUCGUACGAUGUUCUCGUGUUCUGCUCACGGUGGCUUGUUUUCAUCAUUGCCCAGCUCAGCCUCACAGUCCACAGCAGCUUGAUGUCUCGUCUCAGUCUGUGGGCGAGGAUGAAAGGUGCGCAUGCUGAAAAAUGGACUGCGCACCUUCCUCGUGGGCUUUAAUAUCGACGCAUUUGAGAACAUCCUCUUCCUAAUGAUGCUCGAUGUUGCAGCAAGGAGCGGUUUUGCCGGAGGACCGCGGUGCCAUGCGUCGUGGUGGUUUUGCAUUUCUACGCAGCUAUCCGCCACCAGCCUCUCGGUCCUUUAAUCGAACGGCCUCACAUGCAGCUGAAACCACUUUAACGCUUCAGAUCAGAUGUGUUUGUUUGAAUGCCGCAGCCGAAAGGAUUAGGAGUAGUACUGGAGGCCAGCAUGGAGGACGCUUUUAUAACGCUUGCAAAUCAUAUUUAGAAGAUUUGGGCUCUUAACAUUACAUUUAAAGACUCGGUCAUGGCUGAUGAGAGCAGCCUGUCUCGGCAGAUAGAGAGUGUGGAGAGGAGCGUAGUGUUCCUCCGGCAGGAGCACCUCACUUUACUCCAUGGCCUCCACCUGGAGAUCCUCUCCCUGCAGAAACGAUGCUCAGAGUUGACAAGUGAUCUAAAGGUGAAGCCUCCAGGCAGAAACCAAAUGGAGUUACAGGAGGAAGAGGAGCUCCUGGAGGCCCGCUGUUGGGACGUGGAGAGCUGCCUGGCCGAGCAGGAGUGCACCUUAGGAGAACUUCGUGAAGAGUUGAGUCACAAAGGGACUUUGGUGGGAGCCCUUAGAGCCAAUCUCAAGGAAAAGGAGCGCCAUUUCCUGGAGGAACUAAAACGCCGCAGCCACUGUUCCACCAUCCUUAACACGGAGCUACAGAAGCAAACGGAAGCAGCAGCAUACCUCUCCUUCCAGCUGCAUGCUGCCAGGCAGAAACUGCACCACCAGCGGAUGCAGCAGAGGCAGGGACUCCUCGCCCGAAUCAACAGUCAGGGGGCCCAGUAUGGUGCAGAGCAGAACUCUGUUUCUCCACAGAUGCUGUCAGGAGCCUCCCCUUCCUCUCCUGUGGUUAAACCCAAGCGUAAGAGUGCCAGGGCGUCUUUAAGAGUGGAGCGUGCCAGGGAGUGCGUGCCCAUAGAGAAAGUAAUGGGCCCCGCAGAGCCCACAGCGAUGCCGGACCCCGCACUUUUCCUCCACCCUCGAAGGCAUAGGGCUCGCUCCAGGCACACUGUGGCACAAAGACACCCUCCAUUAGGCCUGGAGAAGGAGGAUGAGGAGGAAGGAGGUGGAGAGGGGCCAGUGGAGCCCCAGGAUGAAGCUGCCAGACUGGUGUCUUCAGCUGCAGCGCCCCCUGCUGCUGAGACGAAGGCUGAUUAGCGAUGACUGUGAACUGCACUUUUAACUGCAGUUUGAUCACGGUAUGAUUAUCUUCUGUCAGACUGUUAAUGCUGUUAACUGUUGUUCUGCACCUUGACUGAAUUUAUACUAAGUUUUAGCUAAUGAAUUAUAUUACACUUAAUAUUUACUUUAAAAUAACCCUAAAUAACUUGCAAAGCAAAACUCAGUGUCACUCAGUGUCCGUCUUAAAUUAAGUUUAAUGAAUUAUCUGUUUACACUGGUGUCACACGCUCAGUAUUACGUGGGUCCCUUUAUUUCAAAGCAACCCCUUUUUGAUCUAUGGUGAUGGUGAGUGGUAGCAGCCAUUUUAGGUGGACUACAAGCCGAUGUGUUGUUGUAGCCCAACCAACUGUGAGCGUUCAAGGGCAACCAUAAAUCAACCAAAUGUUUGUGUGGCCCCUGACUGAGUCACAGCUGAAAAUAUCUGAAGUAGUAAUGUGCACGUCUGUGUGAGUCCUCCAUGUCAAAAAAUGUUGAUUGGAAGGUGUGUACAAAAUACAAAACUAAAUUAGAAAUUAGAAACUGAUUAGAAACGAUAACUUCCAAUAAAAUACAGUAGAUCCAUUUUAUCUGUAUUACAACAAUUUAUACCUUAAACACAGUAAAUAUUCAUAUUUGGUAGGCUGGAAUAUGUCCAUGAAUAUUUUUUUUUUUUUUUUUUUAUCAGGACACAAAAUUCCGGUGUUGUGUCAAUGUUUAACUCAGGUGUGGUUUGUGUACUAAACACACACACACACACACAAAAGACUACUACUUCAACUAGAUUGUGUUUGAGGCUGUCAAGGUUUCUUUUCCCCUCAGGAAAAAUGGACAAACAAGAACAGGACUGGAGUGUUUGGUGUGUUUUCAACUGAAGUCUGAUUGAUUUGGUCUGUUUGCAUUUUGUUCCUAUUCCAUUUUAGGCUACGCAAAUUCCCAAAGUAGCUGCAUCACAAUGCACACCAAGACAGUGACUAUUUACUGUAAAUGACAAGCGGGCAGGCUCAGCAGGAAGCUGUAUGUGUGUGUGUGUGUGUGUGUGUCCUCUGUUAUCAAAACACGUGCACAUGGUGGCCCCUAGCGUAACAAGGAGCAAAUGGCAACUUGGAAAAAAAGCAGUAUAAGAAAGACCACAUUAACACCUAUAUUGACUAUAUUUUAACUGCUUUAUAGUUGUCCAUUCAAUACCCUACUUUAAUUGCUGCCUUAUAAUAGAGGAGCUGUGGAUAUAGGAAACACAGUGUGGAUAUUUAAGACAUUUCUAAGUACUGUAGUAUUUAUAGUUUCCUUUUGUUUCACUUUUAUAGGACUCUUUUGGAUUUGCAUUUAAAUGUUUUCGGUAUGUAAUGUGGCACCUCGGUUAUUUCUGAUUCAAGGCUGCGUCAUGGUUGAUUUAUACUUGAGCCAUGACUCAACUGAGCAUUGGUGUCUUUGAAACAAGCCUUCCUGUAAGACUGACUUUAAUUGUGAUUAGGUGCUGUGAGGCUUUUCUCGCCCUCUGCAGCUACCGGUUAGAAGUUUAGCAUUAUGUUUUAGCAGUAUAUCCUCAAUAAAGCAAUAUAUCAAUAUAUUUAUAUAUUAUUAAUAGGUUACGUCAGCUGGUUUAAGGACACUUGAGGUGUUAAAAUAGAUUUUAUGAUUCUUUAACUUUGUAUUUUGUAAUUGUUGAGCCCAGUAUGUUUUGCUUAAUAUUUUUCCAAAUUGUGAAAUUGAUUAUUUCUGUUGAUUGUCACUGAAUCUUGAAGUGAUUAAUUGUUUUGUUACAGUUUAUAGGAGGCAUAUCCAACUGAGGAAUCGAUGACAUGCUGCUUGUGAAGCAGCAUUAAACAAAUGGGUUUAUUAUUAUGCCACAUGAGACUGUCUGGAUGAAAACGAACUAAACCCGUCUUCUUUUUAGUAAAAAUGCAAAGCUGGUUAGCCAUUAGCAUGACUCUGUGCACUAUUCUUCCUCAAGUUUUAUGAGAAAGCUUGGAUAAAGGUACAAAGCUGUCUGGUUUAAAAAUGUUUGUUUUACAGGAUCCUGAACUUAGACUGUUAGACUUCAUCACUCCACAUGUUAUCCGAAUAAAGCAGCAGGUAGAUUAAACUCUCCACCCACCUUUCAUAACAAUAAGCUGGCAUCCUGGGUUGCAUACUACAUCUCACAUUAUCUAUACUUUGGUAUUAUGUAACAACUUGGAUAAAUCAAUCAAAAUACUGGUUGCUAUAUACAGCUACAGAGACUGUUGACUCGUUUGUCUGCUUUGAAGGAAAAUGCUAAUGAGCCAAAGAGGCCCACCAGUCAAAUUAACAUGAAGACGAAUGGUGUGAUGCCUUAAUGAAGAUGUCUUUUCAUAAAUGUUUCAGCUUAAGAGCGUAAGUCUUCACCGCCUGAUUUGCUUUUUCUACUCUUCAGAGCAUAACACAGUACAUCUCAGAACAAAGCAAGAAAGUAGAUAAUUGUUCUCACACACACAUAGAAUGUCUUCCAUCUUUCUAAACGCCUUUAUAAUAACCUUAAUCCUCAUAAUAAUAAUUAUAACAAAAUGUCAGCAGCUUCUUGUCCAGGUCUUGUCCUUGUGGUCAGUCCUGGUUGAGGUUGAAUCCGUUAAUUUUGCAUCUUAGAGAAACAUUUCAGUGGACCGUAAGUGGCACCAUGAAGCAUCUUGUUUGACAUGUUAUGUGGUCUCUAGCAAUAAUGCGGUGUGGUGCCCAACAUGGAGAUGUUGCUCUGGAUUGUUGUAUGGUUUGGUUCUUGGGUGAGCAUAAACUGAUUACCGCAUAUACUGUGUUAGCUUUCUAUAGUGAUCUACUGUACACAUGAUUGGAAUAAAAUGAAGGAUUGUC